UAAAAGAUCUGCUCAAGUUAGCCGGGAUUGGCGGAGCAGACUUGCUGUCCUAUGUUGCAAAACUGAAAGCCCACAACAUAGAUCAAUCUGUGCUUGCCAGUCUUACAUUACAACAACUUCAUGACAUCGGUAUUAUAGCGCUAGGAGACCGUAUCAAGAUUCACAAUUUCUUCUCAAAAGACCCCAACGAUUGCUCCAGUUCACGCUGCCAAAACAACGGCAUUUGUCGGGAUGGUUUUCGCUGCUUUUCGUGCAUUUGCGAUCCUAAGAACGGAUAUUACGGCGCGAGUUGUGAGCUCAAGUGCCCUUGCCAUAACAGUGGUAUUUGUAAGACAGUACCAACUGGCUUCAAAUGCGUCUGCCCGCCAGGAUACUCGGGUGAUUUAUGUAAAACCAAGUAUUUAACUGAAGAGAGAGUGGUGAAACUUGAGGAAACAUUGAAACAG